UCUUCCUUGUCCACAUUUGCUGCAGAACAUAGAGACCACCAUCCAACCAUAUGCUGCUCGAAUAUUUAUGACUUCCACACUCAUUGAAGGUUUGAUACCAGCGUUUUGUGGUGUCUUUAUCGGAGCUUGGUCGGAUCAUUUUGGACGCAAACCACUUUUGGUCACAGGAUAUAGCGGUUAUGCUCUAUAUUAUGCCAUAGCAGCCAUAAUUUCGCGACUCUCAACUUCUCGCCUCGUUAGUCCGUGGUAUUAUUUAUUAGCAGUGCUGCCACUUUCGUUGGUCGGAGGUAGUGUUACAUACUCAGUGGCUACCUUUUGUUAUAUUUCUGAUGUGUCUAGUGCGCAGGAGCGACCAUAUCGCAUGGCAACAUAUGAAGCUGCACUUUUCACAGGCCUCAUGACCGGAUCAUUCGUAGCAGGCUUUCUUUACGAAGCCUCCAAUGCGACAUUUGUUUUUCUAACAUCGUGCAUUUGCAUUUUUGUUGCCGUUUGUAUAAUAGUAUUCUUCAUUCCGGAGAGUCUACAUAGACGACGCUUUGAUUUCACUCAUAACGUUUUCGUAAAUCAAACAUCAGAAAUUGGAGAGGAAGAUCAGCAGCCACAGGCUGUAGGUGAGUCGCACCAACAAAGGAAAUUAUUCAAUUUCGCAGCGGUAAUGGAAAUGUGGGAAACUUGUUUCAAGCCACGCGAACGUAACGAUCGCGCCAUCAUUUGGCUAGCGGCGAUUGCCCAUCUGAUAUCGGUUUUUGUGUUGGAUGGUUCUAUGACAGUUUUUUAUUUGUUCGCACGUGAGACAUUCCAUUGGACGAUUAAGGAGUUUAACACUUUCGAUACAAUCAAUAUAUUCGUGUCGCUGUUGGGCAACAUCUUGGGUGUAAUUAUUUUAAGAAGAUUACUCAAGUUAUCCAUUGUCUAUCUGGGUAUUUUUGCAUUCCUCAGUGAGUCAGCUGGCUCGCUGAUCAGGGCAUUUGCUAACACAAACUGGCUAAUGUAUUUAUCCGUCGGAAUCAGCGCCCCGAGAUCGAUGGCUCAUCCGAUGUGUCGAACUAUUGCAUCGAAUGUUUUGCCUGCUAACGAACUGGGAAAGUUUUUCUCUUUUCAAGGUGUUUUACAGGCCUUUCUGCCAUUUAUUGCCUCGCCAGUCUAUACGAGCAUAUACAGCAUAACGCUUAUCAGUUUUCCCGGCUUUUACAAUUUGCUGAAUGCGAACUUGUUUCUACUGGCAAUGUGCUUUUUGCUCAUUAUUUUACGUAAAAAGAGCUUGUCUCCUGCGCAUUAUCAGCAACGUUUCUAAAAUGAAGCUGUUUUCGCGUUGAAUAAUUAAAACCAGCGGACCAUGAUGAUUUGUUUUUUUUUUUUUGUAUAUAUAUAUGUAUGUAUUUACAGCUAACACUACUUUCUAAGUUAUGGUUUGAUAAAAACAAUAUUAUUUACUUACAUAUUUUCUAAUUAAGUUGAAAUUAUUUUAGCCAGUUUUUUUACUUGCCAAAGCCUCUGUUUUUGU